AUGAAGUUUGACUCGCUUGACCUCGUUUACAAUUUCUAUAAUAGAUAUGCAUUCUUGGCUGGUUUUGGUAUUCGACUUCAUUCUAGCUUUUGGGGGAAAAACAAGAAAGAGAUUUUGAGGAAAGAAUUUGUAUGUUGCAAACAAGGUGCAUACAGGAAGGAUGAAACUCGGGAGAGAAAAAGACAACGGGGAAUAAGUAGAUGCAAUUGCAAAGCAAAGAUUGUGGUUGUGAAGACAAAUGGGAGCAAGAAGUAUACCAUUUCUCUUUUUGCAGAGGGACACAAUCAUAAGAUGACACCCUCAGAAAGAAUGCAUUUAUUGAGAUCACACCGUCAUAUUUCAGAUUCUACAAAAGUACUCACAAAACAAUUGGGUUCAGUUAAUAUUCCCAUUCAUCAGAAGGUAAGUAUAUUCGAGGUGCAAUCCGGAGGAAUGGAUAAAAUCGGUUUUAUCAAAAAAGAUAUCUACAAUCUUGAAUGUAGUGUGAAUGGGAAGCUGAGGAACCACGAUGUUGAACUAGUGACCGAGUAUUUUAUGGCUGAACAGAAAAAAAAUGAGGCUUUUUAUUUCAAGAUUGAGGGAGAUGGGCAUGACAGGUUUAGUCGAUGUUUUUGGGCAGAUGCAACUUCUAGACGGGCGUAUGGGUUUUAUGGAGAUGUUGUUGUAUUCGAUACCACAUUCAACACGAAUCGAUACGACUUGACAUUUGCACCAAUGUUGGGAGUUAAUAACCAUGGUCAGACAAUUGUCUUAGCAUGCGCAUUUUUGAGCAAGGAAACGACUGAGUCGUUUGUUUGGAUGUUUGAGGAGUUUAAGAAAGCCAUGCCAGGUGGGGAACCUAAAACGAUCAUUACAGAUCAAGAUGCGGUAAUGGCCAUAGCGAUUUCAAUAGCCUUCCCGACUACAUUUCAUCGACUUUGCAUAUGGCACAUCACAUCAAAGUUCUCUGUUAAGUUACCACAUUCUGCUUAUAAGGAGUAUUGGCGUGAAUUUCAGAAAGCCAUAUGGGAUACUGACAAUAAGGAUGAGUUUGAUGCAAAAUGGAAUAUUGUGGUUACAAAGGCUGGUUUGACUGACCAUCCAUGGCUAAGUUCAAUGUUUGAUUUAAGGAAAUCUUGGGUUUCAGCCUACGCACGACAAUUUUUUGCCGCUGGAAUGUCAAGCAGCCAAAGAGCAGAAGGUUCUCAUGGUUUUUUCAAGCAAUACAUAUCAAGGAGAAAUUCGUUGAUGGAUUUCAUAAUACGAUUUGAGAGGGCACUUUCUCAUCAACGUGAAAAAGAGUUAGUUGCUGAUCACGUAGAUGCAUUUGAAGUGGCUCAAUCAUGUUUCCUAGAGCUCAAAACAGAGGAUGCUUGUAAAGUUGUGUUCAACGUGAGCGAAAGGAAAAAUUGGGAAACAAGAGUGGCAGAAGUCGAAUAUGUCAAAGAUUCUGACCACGCAUCGUGUAGCUGCAAAAGAUUUGAAUUUGUUGGAAUUAUUUGCAAGCACAUCCUAGCAUUGUUCAGAAGGGACCAGAUUGAAUAUAUGCCCGAUAAAUAUAUUUUGAAGAGGUGGAAGAAAACUGCGAAAUCUGGAUUGGUGUCAGAUGCAAAUGGCAAUGAAAUUAAAGACUGUGCAGAUCCUGGCCUUCUAAUAAAGCGGAGUACAAUGUCUCGACUUGCUUCAGAUGUGGUUGAGGAUGCAUUAAUGAGUGAAGAAGGAUGUGAAGUUGAAGUUGCUGAAGGAUGGACCAAGUAA